CACCACAAUUGGACCCAGCAAGGAAGAACAUCGCGAUCCCCGAUUUUCGACCAUCACCAAACGCCAACCGACACCUCGUCAGCGCAUCCACCGUCAAGAUGCGUACCUACGACGACUCCUUCAGCGGCCAGAAGAUCUACCCCGGCAAGGGUAAGCUGUACGUCCGUGGCGACAGCAAGAUCUUCCGCUUCCAGAAUGGCAAGUCCGAGUCGCUCUUCCUCCAACGGAAGAACCCCCGCCGCAUCGCCUGGACUGUCCUUUACCGCCGCCAGCACCGCAAGGGUAUCUCUGAGGAGGUCGCCAAGAAGCGCACUCGCCGCGUCGUGAAGCACCAGCGUGCCAUCGUCGGUGCCUCCCUCGAGCAGAUCAAGGAGCGCCGUACCCAGCGCCCCGAGGCUCGUGAGGCCGCCCGCAAGCAGGCCAUCAAGGACGCCAAGGAGAAGAAGGCCGCCAGCAGCGCUGCCAAGAAGGCCGAGAAGGCCAAGACCGCUGCCAAGGGUGGUGCUCAGCGCAUCGCCUCCAAGCAGGGUGCCAAGGGCUCUGCCCCCAAGGUCGCCGCCAAGUCUCGCUAAAUUUUAAUACAAAAUUAUGACGAAGACGAGGUCUGGCAGUUUGGGAAAAAGAGAGAUGUUUUUGUUUCUUUCGUGUUGACGGUUCGCGAUAUGAUGGAACUUGCGGAACUCGGAUGCUGGAGUUCGACUGUCUCUAUGAGGACGGGGCUAACGGCCAAAUCUACUUUUUUUACCCUUGAUUCUGGAACAUUGUUUAUGCAGAAAAAUGGGAAUCAAAGGAAAUCUACGAAAAUUUUCAAACCACCGCAAGAUAUUGUGUUUCUCUUUUUCGAGUCUCUUGUGUUUGGCACUACGAGACUUUUGGUCCUCAGCUGUACGUGUACUGUCCGUGGUACUCUAGAAUGCACCCACCGGGCCGUGCAGUGUGGAUACAAUUGGCAUUGACUUCCCAUGACGUAGUACUUUUGGAGAUGGUGGAGCGUCAAAUUGUCUGAAACGAUUGAUUUACAUUUGCAAGUGUCUAUUCACAUCUAAUUUCUAAACUCUUCCAGCCUUCUUGAGUCUCUCGGGCAUCUUUCCUGAUAGUCCAAUCUGUGCAACGGUCUAACAAAGCCAACUGUCCAGCAUCCUCAAUGCAAUGGCUAAAGUGACAGCACUCUCUGUUCGCAUGCCCG